AUGGAUUCUACGCAGCCUGGGCGGCGGGCGCCGCUGCAGAUGGCGUUUGUCAUCACUCUCACCAUGGACGGGCCCUACAUUGACGGGGCCGCGGUGCUCGGCCACUCGAUCCGUACCGCACACAGCCACUUUGCAAAGGAUGGUGAACCGUCACCUGCGCGGGCGGAAGCUGGAGAGGAGGGGACACUGCAGCCGCCGACGUACGUGAGCUCCCUCGUCGCAUUGACACACCCGACCGUCUCCAACGCGACGCGCGCUGCUCUCGCCUUGGUUGGCUUCCGAGUGCUCGAGCGACCGACCCCGGUGGCCAUCCCCGAGAUCCGCGGCUCCUUUUUGCGGCAACGCAUCGUCCGCUCAGGGUGCUGCGGCGCCACAGAACUGAUGAAGCUGUGGGCGUGGUCGCUGGUGGAGUACGACCGGGUGCUGCUCCUCGACACGGACUCGAUCGUGCUGCGGCCGAUUCCGCUCGGGAUCCUGCUGCGCAUGGCGCCGGGCGACCUCGCUUACACGUACGACUACGGGAUGGGCAAGCGAGGCCUCCGCACACCGCCCAUCCAGGGAGGCUUCUUGCUGGUGCGCCCCUCGCCGAGCGUGCUGGCCGAGCUGCUCGAGAUUGUGCGCGAGGGCGACUUUCGACCCGGCAGCGGGUGGGGCGGCUCAAACAUCGGCCACUUUUGGGGCGGCGUCACCGUGCAGGGGUUGCUGCCAUACUACUACACCGUGCGGGCGGACCGCCGACGGGUGUCAGGCAUGGAGCUCGACCGUUGCGUCUUCAACAACAUGGCGGACAACCCGCGGGGCGCGGAGUACGCGGUCGCCCUGGUCCCGCUGAACGCUUCGGCCUCGGGAGCCGCGCGCGACAUGCGGUGGCAAUACGUCGGGCCCGACUGCCGCGCGAGCACGCUGGAUGCGAUCCGCAGCGCCCACUUCACAAUCUGCUCAAAGCCCUGGAACUGCCGUCCGAACCGCAAGCACGCGCUCUGCUUGGCCCUUCAUGCGCGCUGGCACAGCCUCCGAGCGGCCUUCGCUACAAGCCGCUAG